CUCCUCCCUCCUCUCCAGCUUCUCCUAAUCUCACUCUAGUAACCUUGGGCUUCUUAGAGUGCAGCAACUUAACUCUUCAGCCACUUAGGCUGCACUUGGUUCAACCGUCGAUUGCACCCGCGGAGCCAUGGCGUCCUCGUCGCUUUCCUGCUUGCAGCAAGCCUCGGCCUGCACGGCUGCCAGGCUGGCGAACCUCUCCAACUCCAGCAGCUGCCACGUCAGCAGCCAGCGCCUCUCGCUCCCCUCCCUCGCCUGCUCCAGCACAUCCGCCUCCGCGGCCGGCGGAGCGGUGCGCGUGAGCGCGGUGAAGAAGGGGGGGGAGGAAGGGAAGAAGAAGAAGCAGCGAGCGAAGGUCAGGGAGAAGGGCGAGGGCGCGGGGAAGUGGGAGAAGGAGGGGAAGAAGAAAGAGAUCUUAAAGCAGCAAGCCAAGCUUGGUGAGGAGGGCGACCGCGCGGAGAAGAGGCGGAAGGAAAGGGGGGAUGAGGAGGGGGACGAGGGGCAGCGUUCCGGGGUAGAGGAACGCGUCAAGGGGAAAUGCGCGGAGGAGGUUCAUUCGGAGGAGGGUCGUUCGGAAGAGGCAUCUCCAGAGCGUUCCUGGCGCACGGUUUUCUCCUCCGCUUCCCCCGCUGAUUCCUCCCCCAAACCCUCCCUCGGCCUGCUCACCGACCCUGACCCCGUCCCGAACCAAGGCAGCAGGUUCGGCGCCGGCCCCGUUCCGGACCAAAGCGGCAGGCCCGGCGGGUGGUGCGGGCUGUGCGGGGACGGUUCCGGAUGGGUGCAGUGCGGUGCAUGCGACGGGAAGGGCGCGUAUGCCACUGCCCCUGGGUUGGGGGGGGUGAAGGGGAGGGUGGGGUGGGCUCUGUGCAAGACGUGCUAUGGGUGGAAGGCCACGCCUUGCGUGUUGUGCGCCGUUAGUGGCGCAGAGGAGUGGUUGGAGUGGCAAGAGCAUGCGAAGAGACACCCUGUUAAGGUGCAGAUGGGGAGAGAGGAGUGAGAAACGAGGGGGAAGAGUUACUCGCGCAGAGGAGUGGCUGGAGUGGCUGGAGUGGCAGGAGCAUGCAAUGCGACGCGCAGUUAAGGUGCAGAAGGAGAAAGAAGAGGACUUGAAACUUCGCAGGUCGAACAUCUGCUGUGCACAGCGCAAGGCGUGCUAUGGGUGGGAGGUGAUAUUUGGAGGGUGGACAAGAUGGUCAAGAUGGACAUCAGCAAGCAGACAGGAAUGGAGGAGGAAAGAGCUGCUCCAAGUGUGUUCCAUGUGAGUGGGGCAACUGAAACUUGAGUGGGGCAGCUUUAACUUGAGUGUGGCAGCUGAAUUUUGAGUGGGGCAGCUGAAUGUUGAGUAGGAGAAGAAGGCUUGCUACAGCCAUUGCAAGGAGCUGCAUGGGAGGGAAAAGAAGGGCGGCAGCAGAAGCCAUUGCUGCUGGCUCUGACUGAUACAACCCUCUACUUCCCACAGCAAUCCCACAGCAACGUAGCGUCCAUACUUCCUUCCCCCUCUCCUUCUCGAGCCUCAAACUGUGUACUUGAAAAGAAGGGCCUGUGGGAGGGGAAAGAAGGGCUGCAGCAGACGCCAUUGCUGCUGGCUCUAACUGAUACUAUUACUACCCUCUUCUUCCCACAGCAAUCCCACAGCAACCUAGCAAUCCCUCCUUCCCUCUCCUUCUCGCGCCUCGAAUUCUGUGUACUUGAAAAGAAGGGCCUAUGGGGAGGGAAAAGAAGGGCUGCAGCAGAAGCAAUUGCUGCCGGCUCCGAUACAACCGUCCUAAAGCAAACCCACCGCAACCUAGCGUCGUCUCGACUACUCUUUUCUCACCUGUUGCAUUCCUCCCUUGUUUUCUUUACUCAAAAUUUGGAAGGGAAAUAAGGGCUGGGAGAAAUGGAUGGGGUUGGAAGAGUUAGGUGGUGCGUUGGGUCGGUGGGUCGAGGUUUCUGAUGACUGCCCGAGAGAAAAUAACUCGUGCGGACAGAUACGGGCCUCACACCAUAACCGUCUUUGUAAUGUUUUGUGCCGUUGUUUGCUAUGGGUUUGCGUCUAUGAAAAUGUGUCUUACACGUGCGCAAGUUACAUUGCCUCUUUCUUACGUGCCUAAAAGCAGGUGCUUUAGGACGAAAGUGAUGGGCUCAACGUUGUCGCAGCACGCAGAGUGGCAGUAGUUGGUGCUACUAAUGUGGAACGCUUGCCUCUGCAUGGCAUAGUCCCAUAUUUAGCAGUGCGUAAGUGAGCUGGUUACUGUUUUCCAUGUGUGUUAGUAUUUUGCAGAUGCAACGGCGUUGGUGUAGCAGAUUUUUUUCACCCUCUAUUACUGUAGAGCUCCGCUAUAGUGGUUCGAAGGUCCGCCGUUACUUUGCGUGGCAUUUGAAACAUCCAAAUCCACUGUAGUUGCUGGGGUUGGGUCAGCUCACAUGAGCUCACAUGAGCUCCAUCCAUCUGAACGUAAUGACUUUUGAGUCGACUCAAUAAGUCAGCUCACAUGAGCUCCAUCCAUCUGAACGAAAUAACUUUUGAGUCGACUCAAAAGUCAGCUCACAUGAGCUCCACCCGUCUGAACGAAAUGACUUCUGAGUCGACUCAAAAGUCAGCUCACAUGAGCUCCAUCCAUCUGAAACGGCCACUGGCUCAACACACACCGGAACUAACAGCUAUGGUGGAUGCUCCUAUGGCGGUGAACACCUUGAUUCUCAACACACACUGGAAUCGAGAAAUGUCUCUUCUUGAGGCAUGUCAAGAAUAUUUUCCAUCGCAUGUGAAGGUGGAUGCUCCUAUGGUGGUGAACAACUUGAUUCUCAACACAACCUGGAAUCGAGGAGUUAGGGGGGGCCCUGGGUGUGUGAACGCAAAGGCAGGAAGCACUUGCAAAGCCCAAGGCGAAGCCCAAUUCAAACCUUCCCCAUUUGGACCUUCCCCAUGCUCCCCCUACUCUCCCUAAUCAUUUGUCAUUCUCCUUCCCCUCGAUCAGGUCCCAGUGUCCGAGAGGGUGCACGGGCAGGAGGUGUCAAUGGCGCCCAAGUCAAAAGUUGCUGCUGCUCCCCUGCCUCUCACUCCCUUGUUACUCUCUCCCUGCUUUUGUAGCCUUCAGACCCAAGCUUCUGUGCGAGUGCAAAGGCAAGAGGCUCUAAAUAAGACCAAUGCAAAGGCUGCUGCUACUCAACUGGUUGCUGCUGCUCGUUGGUAUUUUCUCCCUGGCUCUCAGAUCCCUCGUUCUCUUACUCGUUUCUCUCCCUGCUUAUGUAACCUUCAGGUUCCAGCUUCUGUGCGAGUGCAAAGGCAUGAUGCGUAGGCAGGGAGGGGGGGGGACCUAACCUAGCGUGAUACCAUGUUAGAAUCUCGCAAUAGAAUAGAUUGUGCCAUAUAGGGAGAUUUUGUGCUAUGGUGCUGUACCCUCUAUGAGCAUGCACCUAUCUAGGUUAUAACAUAUACAAAUAUUGUUAGAAUACACGAAUGGCUAGAAACAAGAGAACAAGGGAGAUACAGGGAUGGAGUUGUACCCCCCAAGAACAUACCGUAAUCCCCCGGAUAUAACACCCCGGGUAUAAUACAAAAUUCAUGCAAAAUCAGGGGGGUGGGUGCUCUAUUUCGCGUUUAGGCUAUAGCACCCUGGUGUUAUAUUUGAGGACAGAAUUUUUUAGAUGUGCAUUAGAC